AUGGCUUCUCACCAACCCGCAACGAUGAAAGCGUGGCUGUACUCCAGUGCCACCGGCGGAUUAGAGAAGAACCUCCAGCUGAAUCUCAAUGCCCCCCAGCCACGGCAGCCGCUCUUCAAGAACGAGAUACUAGUUGAGGUAAUUAGUAUGUCGGUCAACCCAGCGGACGCCAAGUUGCCUGAGCUCGGCUUCGUUGCAAAGGCCCUAAUCUCCACUCCUGCGUCCCCCGGACUGGACUACUGUGGCCGUGUCGUUGCCACCGGUACAGUCGUCGAUAGUGUCAGGAUUGGGGAGAUUAUCUUCGGCAAGCUCGAAAAGCCGACUAAGUUUGGUACCCUGGGCCAAUAUGUCGUCGUCACUCACGAGGAUUGUGCAAGCCUACCUGAUGGCGUUGACCCGGACCAUGCGGCCGCAAUUGGGACCGCGGGCCUGACUGCGUACCAAUCCAUCGUACCUUAUGUCAAGGCAGGCAGCAAGGUGUUCAUCAACGGCGGUUCCGGAGGCGUCGGAACGUUCGGCAUUCAAAUCGCCAAAAAUGCGGGUUGUCACGUCACGACAACCUGCUCGGCGCCCAACGUGUCCCUAUGUCAGGAGUUGGGCGCGGAUGAUGUGAUCGACUACAAGACAACCGACGUAUACCAAGAGUUGGUAGCCCGCGGCCAGAUCUUCGAUCUCGUGGUCGACAACGCCGGCACACCUUUGAACCUCUACAAAGACUCAGCCAACUUCCUCAAGCCUGAAGGCAUAUUUGAACAGGUUGGGGGACCUAUGAGUUUCAGUGGCACUGCGACUGUUGCCUCAAAUAUGCUACUGCCGAGCUUCUUGGGAGGAGGGAAACGGCCGUAUCACUUUUUCGUCGCGAAGAACAGCCAUGAUGAUCUUGCGGAGAUUGGGAGGUUGAUGAAGGAAGGGAAGAUCAGGGCGGUUAUUGACUCCAUCUUUGAGUACGAGGAUGCGCCGAGAGCGUUCGAGAAGUUGAAGACGGGAAGGGCGAGGGGAAAGAUUGUUGUGCAUGUCACCAAGAAGCCGUAG